AUGGUGAAGGCGCUAAGCUUAUUGUACCAGAUGAACACGGCCUCUUUCCCUACUCGCGGCUGGAGCGAGGACACGAACGAGGUGCUGGCUGGUCAGGUGCAGCUGGCGUCGAACGCCUUGCUUCACUUGAGCGACAUCGGAGAGCAGCCCGAUGAAGAAGUGGCCGACGGCCCGGAAGCUCGCCCUGCUCAGCAUGGGGGAGUUCCCCCGGGAGCUGACCAAGAGAAGGCGCUCGGGGUCCCGGUCAGCGUGCUCAACGACCGCGACAGGGUCAACGUGCCGAGUUCCCAGAUAGGGAUGAUCGAGUUCAUGUUGCUGCCCCUCGUCGAGGCGACGGUGCACAUCUUCCCCGCGCUGUGCCACACGGCCAAG